UCAGGAUUCCAACCAGAGCUCUUUCCAAGAAGCGCCAGCUCUUGGAUCAUGAUGCCCGUUUUCCAGGCCAAGCAGUGCAGACAAAUCGGGGUCAGCAUGGCGGAUCCCAGCGACGGCCCCCACACUGCACCUGGGGAGGUGGCCGAGCCCCCCGGGGAUGAGAAUGGCACACCUGGUGGGGAGGCCUUCCCCCUCUCUUCGCUGGCCAACUUGUUUGAGGGGGAGGAUGGCUCCCCCUCACCCUCACCAGCUGAUGCUGGUCGCCCCUCUGGCCCAGGUGAUGGGCGACCAAAUCUGCGCAUGAAGUUCCAGGGUGCCUUCCGCAAGGGGGUACCCAACCCCAUUGACCUGCUGGAGUCCACCCUGUAUGAGUCAUCGGUGGUGCCUGGGCCCAAGAAGGCACCCAUGGACUCGCUCUUUGACUAUGGCACCUAUCGUCACCACCCUAGUGACAACAAGCGGUGGAGGAAGAAGGUCAUGGAGAAGCAGCCACAGAGCCCUAAAGCUCCUGCACCCCAGCCGCCCCCCGUCCUCAAAGUCUUCAACCGGCCCAUCCUCUUUGACAUCGUGUCCAGGGGCUCCACCGCUGACCUGGACGGGCUGCUCCCCUUCUUGCUGACCCACAAGAAGCGCCUGACUGACGAGGAAUUCCGGGAGCCGUCCACAGGGAAGACCUGCCUGCCCAAGGCCCUGCUGAACUUGAGCAACGGUCGGAACGACACCAUCCCCGUGCUCCUGGACAUCGCGGAGCGCACCGGCAACAUGCGCGAGUUCAUCAACUCGCCCUUCCGGGACAUCUACUACCGAGGUCAGACUGCCCUCCACAUCGCCAUUGAGCGCCGCUGCAAACAUUAUGUGGAGCUCCUCGUGGCCCAGGGAGCCGACGUCCAUGCUCAGGCCCGGGGGCGCUUCUUCCAACCCAAGGACGAGGGAGGUUACUUCUACUUCGGUGAGCUGCCCCUGUCCCUAGCUGCCUGCACCAACCAGCCCCACAUUGUCAACUACCUGACGGAGAACCCCCAUAAGAAGGCAGACAUGCGGCGGCAGGACUCCCGUGGCAACACGGUGCUGCACGCGCUGGUGGCCAUCGCAGACAACACUCGCGAGAAUACCAAGUUCGUGACCAAGAUGUAUGACCUCCUGCUGCUCAAGUGUGCCCGCCUCUUCCCCGACAGCAACCUGGAGGCCGUGCUCAACAACGAUGGCCUGUCGCCCCUCAUGAUGGCUGCCAAGACAGGCAAGAUUGGGGUCUUUCAGCACAUUAUCCGACGGGAGGUGACUGAUGAGGACACCAGACACCUGUCCCGUAAGUUCAAGGACUGGGCCUACGGGCCGGUGUACUCCUCGCUCUACGACCUCUCCUCGCUGGACACGUGUGGAGAAGAGGCUUCCGUGCUGGAGAUACUGGUGUACAACAGCAAGAUUGAGAACCGCCAUGAGAUGCUGGCCGUGGAACCCAUCAACGAACUUCUGCGUGACAAAUGGCGCAAAUUUGGGGCUGUUUCCUUCUACAUCAAUGUGGUCUCCUAUCUGUGUGCUAUGGUCAUCUUCACCCUUACCGCCUACUACCAGCCGCUGGAGGGCACUCCGCCAUACCCUUACCACACCACAGUGGACUACCUGAGGCUGGCUGGAGAGCUCAUCACACUCUUCACUGGGGUCCUGUUCUUUUUCACCAAUAUCAAAGACUUGUUCAUGAAGAAAUGUCCUGGAGUGAAUUCACUCUUCAUCGAUGGCUCCUUCCAGCUACUCUACUUCAUCUACUCCGUGCUGGUGAUUGUCUCGGCGGCUCUCUACCUGGCGGGGAUUGAGGCCUACCUGGCCGUCAUGGUCUUUGCCUUGGUUCUGGGCUGGAUGAAUGCCCUUUACUUCACCCGUGGGCUGAAGUUGACAGGGACCUAUAGCAUCAUGAUCCAGAAGAUCCUCUUCAAAGACCUGUUCCGCUUCCUGCUGGUGUACUUGCUCUUCAUGAUCGGCUAUGCUUCAGCCCUGGUGUCCCUCCUGAACCCAUGUGCCAACAUGAAGGUAUGUGACGAGGACCACACCAACUGCACGGUGCCCACGUACCCCUCGUGCCGUGACAGCGAGACCUUCAGCACCUUCCUCCUGGACCUCUUCAAGCUGACCAUUGGCAUGGGCGACCUGGAGAUGCUGAGUAGCACCAAGUACCCCGUGGUCUUCAUCAUCCUGCUGGUGACCUACAUCAUCCUCACCUUCGUGCUGCUUCUCAAUAUGCUCAUCGCCCUCAUGGGAGAGACGGUGGGCCAGGUCUCCAAGGAGAGCAAGCACAUCUGGAAGCUGCAGUGGGCCACCACCAUCCUGGACAUCGAGCGCUCUUUCCCCGUGUUCCUGAGGAAGGCCUUCCGCUCUGGUGAGAUGGUGACGGUGGGCAAGAGCUCGGAUGGCACCCCGGACCGCAGGUGGUGCUUCAGGGUAGACGAGGUGAACUGGUCUCACUGGAACCAGAACUUGGGCAUCAUUAACGAGGACCCAGGCAAGAACGAGAGCUACCAGUAUUACGGCUUCUCACACACUGUGGGCCGCCUCCGGAGGGAUCGCUGGUCCUCGGUGGUGCCGCGCGUGGUGGAGCUGAACAAAAACUCGAGCCCAGAUGAGGUGGUGGUGCCUCUGGACAACAUGGGAAACCCCAGCUGUGAUGGCCACCAGCAGAGCUACCCCCCGAAAUGGAGGACUGAUGAUGCCCCCCUCUAGGGGCUGUGGGCAGGGGCAGGGUCUCCAGCCUGCAGCCCAACCCCAUUCCCUCCACCUGCCCAUUUCUAGUCCACCUGCAUUUCAGUGGGGCCUCUUGGGGGCUCCUCCACAUGCUCCUUUGACCCCCAGAGGUGAGGGCCAGGCGGAGAUGCCAGGGUGGCCCCAGGACCCUCUGGUCCCCAGGCUCCUGCCCCCAGCUCUGCCUCCCCACCUGGGCAAGGGGUUCCUGGCUGCCUGUCUCACUCCCAUGGAGUCACAUAAGCCAACACCAGGACCCCUCAGCCCACAGGGGCUCACCCCUGCCUCUCCAUUAUUUAUUUGCCCUGCUCUCAGGAAAGCGGCAUGACCCCCACCACCAACGGAACCUGCCAGAGGCCUCAGGAGCCCGUUCCAGGCGCGCUGCCUGCCAAGCCCCCAGCCCCACCCUGCGCCCUGGGCUGCAUUGCACGGUGUGGUGGCUUUGCUGAGGGCCAGGUCCUCGGGUAGGGUCACAUCCUCUGUACGUUCUGUAGAGGGUCUGGGGUUUGUUGGUGCUGAAUA